UACUAAUAUGCAGACACAGCUCAUGCUGUUUCAAAUAUUACUAUGGCUACCAGUUCGUUAUCCGAAUACCUUGUUAACGGAGUUGUCCUCAGAGAAGAAAAAGCCAUUAUUUUGCCUCAGGAUUGUGUCUCAAAAAAUAUUUUCUCAUCCCCAGACUCAGAAUGCCCCCAAAUAUCUGAUACAGAAGUGAUCCUACAAUAUAUUUUCCUGGAAAAGAAUGAACCUGUGAAACAAAGUUCUGAUUGUGGAGGAACUUACCUACGCGUGAUGAUGGAGGAUAUUGAUCACAAGACACUUGAAAAUGAAGCAGUUGGACAAUUAACUGCAUUUUUAUCAACAGAAACAAUGCCAUGGGACAGCAUUGGCGUCAGCAGCAAGAAUAUCACCCCGAAUGCAGGCCAGUGCUCUGAAGAACAUGUUCUGAAAUGCACAUUCAAGGCCUGUGAUCCAGAACAAAGAGGAGAGGUGUCUGUUUUCCGAAUAAUUGAAUACUUACAAGAGAUGACAGGGCAGACCUGUGAAGAUUGGAGGUUUCAGUCUCUGUAUAAGAGAUUGGACCCUGAAGAAAGAGGGGUUGCUGUUGAUUUUUCUACCUUCCAUGCAGUUAUGAAAGACUGGAUUGCAGACUGUCGACAAGAGGGAGAAGAUGCUGUAGACUUAACAAAUAGUGUCAAAGACCUGCAGCAGGGUAACAAGCAGCUAGCAGUGCAGAACAUCAAGCUACAAAGGACUAUCGAGGCUGCAGAAGAGCUCAACUCAAGACUCUCUGAGGAAAUCUCUGACCUGAAGGGGAAACUGAGAGGCACUCAGCAGGCCCUGGAGCAAGCUAGGGUUACAGCAAAUGAAUUAGAGGAUCAGAAGGUUUUCUCAAAAAGUCUGGAAGAAGAAAAUAGUAAACUAUACAUACAAGCCCGACAGCUGGAAAAAGAGCAGCAAUACCUCUCUUUUCGAGUGGAUAAGCUACAGGAGGAGAACAAGAAGCUGAUUCUGGAGAAAGAAAGCUCCAAAUGUAAAAUCAAAGACCUGUUUAUAAAGAAGGCUAAAAUGAAGUCCCAACUUUCUGAGUAUGAAAAUCUUAUCUCCUGCAAAGAUGCUGCUCUUAAUGAGAAAGCAAAACGAACUGAAGAGAUGACAGUGACCUUGGAUGAAUACAGAAUGGUAGUACAGGAAUUGAAACUGGAAGUCAACAGACUUCAAGAACACUUCUGCCAAUCCUAUCAAGACCUAGACAUGCUGCAAAGAGAUUCCUUAGAAAAUAUGAAGAUCUGCUUACAGGCUUCUGGGCAGCCACUCUGCCUGGAGAUUGAAGAAUCACAGAAACAGGAGUUUGAUGAGGAGGCUGAUUUACCUAGUCCUUUGUGUGGAGUGUUGAAAUCUUUGGUGACAGAUCCAGUGGCUACAAUGGACAUCGGUUCUUUGGUAGAACAGGAACUGGGCCAGUCAGAGGCAGAUGGUACCAAACUGUUACUGCAGAGGACACAUAGUUGGCCUCACCUCAACCUCAUGACAGAUUCUGCUCCGAUACUGAAGAAUCAGGAAUGUAACCACCAGCAACAACAUCUUCCAUCAGAGAUGGUGGGGAGCAUGGAAGAACAAAAACAGGGCAGCCUAGCAAGCAAACACAUUGACAACAACAAGAUGGUUGGGGUGACUCAAAAGAAUAAUGAGAUGAGGACCUGCUCAUCUAAUGUGGAGAUUCAGGCUGCGUGUUCUGCCUUUCCUGAAAUGACAACAUUCAGCUCAGCAGAAUCAGAUUCUGGAACAGCCUCUCAGGAACAAGCUUUAGUCCCAGUGUAUGGUGAGCUAGUCCCAACUAUUAGGAAGAAGCCAGAUGAAAACUCAUUUGAAAUCCUACUUCAAAGUUGCGCUUCAGCUUCAGCUGACGAACAGAUGGCCUGACAUUCACCUGUAGAAUUCUCUAAGACAAAGCAGAAUUCAAGUUGUCCAGGUCCUGAUGCAGCAAAGCAUCCCCAAACCAUGACUCUGCCACCACCAUGCUUGACUGUUCGUAUGAGGUUCUUCAUGUGAAAUGCAGUAUUUGGUUUUCGCCAGACAUAACGGGGCCCAUGUCGCCCAAAAGGUUCCAUCUUUGACUCAUCUGUCCAUAGAACAUUGUUCCAGAACUCUUGAGGAUCAUCCAGGUGCUUUUUGGCAAACUUUUGACAAGCAUUCAUGUUCUUCUUAGUGAGCAGUGGUUUCCGCCUUGUUACUCUGCCAUGAAUUCCAUGUUUGCACAGUGUCUUUCUGAUGGUAGAGUCACGAACACUGAGCUGAGACGAGAGAGGCCUGCAGAUCCCUGUAUGUUGUUCUGGGGUCCUUCGUGACUUUCUGGAUGAUUUUACGCCUUACUCUUAGAGGGAUUUUGGCAGGACGGUCACUCCUAGGAAGAUUCACUACUGUCCCAAACCUUCUCUAUUUGGUCAAUAUGACUCUGAGUGUGGUUCGGUGGGGCCCCAGAGCCUUAGAAAUGGCUUUGUAACUCUUUCCAGACUGAUGUGCCUCAACAACUGUGUUCCGGAGGUGUUCAGGAAUUUAUUUUGACAAGAACAGUAAUAGUGCCUCAUUGUUACCCAGCAGAACUCCUUUGUAAAGUAUAUGCAGUGGAAGGAAUUUCCUGCCUUAUCAGAUUGUAUGGGCUUAUGCACACACAUCCUAAUUUAUUGAAAAAAUGAAAUGGACUGCCUUCAAGUCGAUCCUGACUUAUGGCAACCCUCUGAAUAGGGUUUUCAUGGUAAGCUGUAUUCAGAGGGGGUUUACCAUGGCCUCCCUCUGAGGCUGAGAGGCAGUGACUGGCCCAAGGUCACCCAGUGAGCUCCAUGGCUGUGUGGGGAUUCAAACCCUGGUCUCCCAGGUCGUAGUCCAACACCUUAACCACUGCACCACACUGGCUCUCCCUAAUUUAUUACCCUGAAGUAUAUUCCCUUGCUUCCCAUGUCAGUAUAUAAUUAUCCCCUCUCCUUUAGUAAAUUUCUUACAGCUACUGUGUAUAUAGAACCAACUAGAAUUUAGCCCCAGAAUAUAUGGUCAGAAGUUGUGAACACUAAAGGAGGUCACUUUUAAAUCCAAGUAGGGUGUCUUUCUUUCUCUCAUGGAUGACAGAGGUCUCCAAGUGGGUACUGUAGCUCUCCCUACAGCUCAGAGACAGGAAACGCUUCAGCAAAUACCUUUGCUCCUCCCCUCUUGUUGAGGCUCAGUUUAGUUUCCUGUCUCAGCUCGGAGCACAUCCUAUUGAGUUGUCUUCCACUCUGAAGGAUAAUAGUUUCUUCUCCCUUACCGUGUUUUAUCUCUUUAUUUGUUUCUUACGCUUCUUUCCCGUUUGUUGUUCUUACUUAAAAAAAAUAAAA